AUGCCGCGGAAGGAUCCGUGCCAGAAGCAUGCCUGUGAGAUACAGAAAUGUUUACAAGCCAACAACUACGUGGAAUCAAAGUGUCAGGCUGUCAUCCAAGAACUGCGUAAGUGUUGUGCUCGGUAUCCGAAGGGAAGGUCUGUCGUCUGUUCAGGAUUUGAAAAAGAAGAGGAAGAAAACCUAGCACUGAAGUCUGCAUCGAAGUAA